AUGUACUCGAGGUAUGAUUUCAUUAAGGAUCUUAAUCCGUCGAAGGAGGAGUGGAGGAUUAAGGUGCGGGUUAUUAGGACCUGGAAUGUUGCUAAUUUUCAGCGAAAAAUUCUUGACGACAAUCUGGACAUGGUUCUAUUAGACGAGAAGGGUGGAAGGAUACAUGCUACUGUCAAGGGAACUCUGAAUGUCCAUGCUACUAUUCCUGCUAAUGGAUUUAGUUUUGUUGAUUUUGACGUGAUAGAGAGGGAAUCAGCUGACUCUCCUUAUUUAGUAGACGUCAUCGGUUUGCUGUCAGGUAUUGGAGACAUUCGUGAGCAUGUUGUGUCUGGCAGAAAAACAAAAAUGGUUGUGUUGGAACUUGAUGACCUCCGGGGUCACAAGCUCGAAUGUACUUUGUGGGAGCAGCAUGUAGAUAAAGUUCAAUCUUUGUUGGAAAAUAACGAUUCUCCUCAAAAUGUUGUGAUCGUCCAGCUUGCAAGGAUUAAGGGUUUCAGGGGUAAGAUAGGGAUAACAAAUACAAAAUAUACGACAAGAAUUCUAUUUGAUUCCAGUCUUCCUGAAAUCGUGGAGUUCAAAAAUAAGCUGUCGUCUGAUCCAAUAGAUAGCAGUAUGAGGUUGACUCAGUUGUCCAGCCGUUCAUUAGGAAUGGGUGCUGCUGAAAUACGGGAACAACAUUUCAAGGGGGGUGCUGAUUUGGAGCUCUAUCCAGAAGAACUGAACAUUCUCAAUGAGAAAUCCAUGUUGUUUAAGGUCAAUGUGAAAAAAAAGCAUUUAGACUCAUUGAACGAGCCAAAAUAUCAAGUUUCAAGGGUUUGCAACAGCGAAUCUAUUAUCCAGUCAUUUCUUAAGUCUGUGAUGGAGUUUAAUGAUGAGACCCUGUUUGAUAACACCGACGACAAUGAUGUUGUAUCACAAGAACGUGGACGAGUUGCUGAUGUUGAGAGUCAAACCUGUGAGAGUACAGGAGAUGCAGAUGUCUCUGUCUUUGUUGUCACCCUCUCCGAAUUUUCUUAA